AUGUCCUGGACUCCUGUCCUGCUCGCACUCCUCGUCCACUGCAUAGGCUGUGGCUCUCAGCCAGUGCUGAACCAGCCACCGUCCAUGUCCUCGUCCCUCGGAACCACAAUCCACCUGCCUUGCACCUUGAGCAGAGACCAUGAUGUCAGCAUUUAUAACAUCUACUGGUACCAGCAGAGGCCCGGCCACCCUCCCAGAUUCGUGCUAAGAUAUUUCUCCCGCUCGGACAACAACCAGGGCUUCAAGAUCCCACCUCGCUUCUCCGGAUCCAAAGAUGUGGCCAAGAACACGGGGUAUUUGAGCAUCACUGAGCUGCAGCCUGAGGAUGAGGCUACGUAUUACUGUGCUGUGGGAGCCCAGGGCAUGGAGAAGGUGAGGGAGAAAAGGAGGGAAGAAAAGGAGCCUGCUGUUCCAGGGUCGCAGGCACCUCAGGACACACUUACCAUGAACUAA